AUGGCCGCGGUGACCUUGUCCGUGCCUGGGCGGAAGGCGGCCCCCAGGCCCAGCCCCGUGCCAGAGGCCGCCCAGCCGUACCUGUUCACGCCCCGUGGGCCGGGCGUGGGUGGCGGGCCCGGGGGCGCGGGCACCUCGCCGCAGGUGGAGUGGACGGCGCGGCGCCUGGUGUGGGUGCCUUCGGAGCUGCACGGGUUCGAGGCGGCGGCGCUGCGGGACGAGGGCGAGGAGGAGGCGGAGGUGGAGCUGGCGGAGAGCGGGCGGCGGCUGCGGCUGCCGCGGGACCAGAUCCAGCGCAUGAACCCGCCCAAGUUCAGCAAGGCAGAGGACAUGGCCGAGCUCACGUGUCUCAACGAGGCCUCGGUGCUGCACAACCUCCGGGAGCGAUACUACUCGGGCCUCAUCUACGUGAGUGGCCUCCUGCGGGGAGGGCGGCGCAUUCCGCGGCCCGCCAGAGGGAGGGUAAAGGCCUGGCCGUCCAGCGCCACCCACGGGGGCACACAGCCUCUAGAGGCUUCCGCGUUCGUUAGGCCUGCCUCCCCCACCGGGCAGGGAGCCCCUUUAGGGCAGAGCCGCACGUCACCCAUCGUUCUGUCCUCCGAUGAGUAUGUCACCCUCACGGCCUGGGACCCAGCCCUGAGGCCUCCCUAUAACUGGCCAAAUCUUGUGUCUUUUCUAGGGGCAGGGCCUCCAGGGUUCAAACCCGACGUGAUCUCCCGUCUGGAGCGAGGGGAGGAGCCCAGUAUGGAGAAGAGAGAAGGCUGGCAAAUGGCCUGUCCAGACUUGGAGACGAGGUCUGCACCGACUCAGGAGACGCUUGUAAAAAAGAGCAUUUCUGCAGAGGCCGCUUCCCCAGUGGGAAAGACGGGGGGCGGUUUAAGGGCAGCGCCGGGAGAUGCCAGACUGGGGGGAUCCCGGGCGUGUGGCCUCCGGUCGGAGGACCGGGGAAGGCAGGAGAGGCAUUUGAGGUGCUUGUCGGCUACUCCCAAGGAAGCCGUCUGUGGGGAGAGAGGCCUCGGCGGUCACGACCUUGGGCGAAGCCUCAGGCGGGCCUCCGCCCGCGUCCGGAAGCAAAGAGGGCCGGGCGGGGAGAGAGCCCGGCAGAGGGACGGGCCGAGAAAGAGCCUGAAACGCCAAAGGACGUUGGUAGAGAGGAAGCCAUUCAGCUGCGCGGAAUGCGGGAAGGCCUUCGUUUACCACUCAGACUACAUCCUGCACCAGAGGAUUCACACCGGAGAGAAACCCUACAAGUGUGAGGAUUGCGGGAAGGCCUUCAGCAACAGCUCCUAUUUCAUCCAGCACCACGUCAUUCACACGGGAGAGAAGCCGUACGCGUGCGGCGAAUGCGGCAAGACCUUCACCCAGAGCUCCUCGCUCACCGAGCACCAGAGGAUCCACACGGGCGAGAGACCCUACAGAUGCAACCAGUGCGGGAAGGCCUUCACCCAGAGCUCCUCCCUCAUCAAACACCAGCGCUGCCACACGGGGGAGAAACCCUACAAAUGCAACCAGUGCGGCAAGUUCUACUCGCAGGUGUCCCACCUCACCCGCCACCAGAAAACCCACACGGGGGAGAAGCCCUACAAAUGCGGUGAGUGUGGCAAGGCCUUCUGUCACGCGUCCUCGUUGACCCAGCACCAGACCAUCCACACCGGAGAGAAGCCCUACAAAUGUAACGAGUGCGGGAAAACCUUCAGCCACAGCUCGUCCCUGUCCCAGCAUCAGCGCGUCCACACCGGCGAGAAGCCCUAUGAGUGUCACGCGUGUGGCAAAGCCUUCGGCCACAGCUCCUCCCUGACUCAGCAUCAGAGAAUUCACACCGGCGAGAAGCCCUAUGAGUGUCACGAGUGUGGGAAGGCGUACACGCAGAUUUCCCACCUCAUGAGGCACCAGAGCAUUCACGUGGGAGAAAAACCCUACGUAUGUGACGAGUGCGGGAAGGCUUUCAGUCACACCUCGUCCUUCACCCAGCACCAGACGAUUCACACCGGGGAGAAGCCCUACAAAUGUAACGACUGUGGGAAAACCUUCAGCCAGAACUCGUCGCUGACACGCCACCAGAGGAUUCACACCGGGGAGAAGCCGUACGAGUGCCGGGCGUGCGGGAAGGCCUACACCCAGAUUUCCCACCUCAUCCAACACCAGAGGAUUCACACCGGAGAGAAACCGUACGAGUGCGGGGAGUGCGGGAAAGCCUUCAGCCGCAGCACCCACCUUAUCGAGCAUCAGAAAAUCCACACGGGCGAGAAGCCCUAUAAGUGUGAAGAGUGUGGGAAAACGUUCGGUCACCACUCAUCCCUCACUCAGCACCAGAGGAUUCACACUGGCGAGAAACCCUACGCCUGUAAGGAAUGCGGCAAAGCCUUCAACCAGAGCAUCCACCUCAUUCAGCACCAGAGGAUUCACACCGGGGAGAAGCCCUAUGAGUGUAACAACUGUGGGAAAACCUAUACCCAGAUUUCACACCUGAUUCAACACCAGAAGGUUCACACGGGUGGCAGUCGCCACGUGCGUAAGGCACGCGGGGAGGACUUCAGCUGGAGUCCACGCCUGACUGAACACCGGAGACUCCACACCGUGCGCGACGCCUACGUCUGCGAUGGUUUGGAGAAAGCCUUGGCUUGGGGCACACAGCUUGCCGAUUGUCAGAGAGUGCCUGCUGGCCAGAGAGCCUGA